AUGAACAACGUCAAGGUCCACGACCGAAAGUACCGAGAGGCCAAGAAGCCUCAGGGGAAUCCGUCAGCCGAAGUGACCGGAGCCAACAGCUUCCUCGGCAUCACGGUGGCGGCGGCUAUCCUCGAGAGCGGUGGUGAUGUUGUAUGUCUCGAUGCUGUCGACGUCCCAACAUCAUCAGACUGGAAGGCCGCUGUGGCGUCCGCGAAGAAGCAUUCGCGCAUCCUGUCCUACAAUCAGUGCGACCUCCGAGACGCCGAGGGCGUGUCACCUGUGUCCAAAAAGUUCACUCCUACGCUCCGCCACCCCAUCAGAGGCCUCGUCGCCUGUUUCCCGUGGAGCCGUGACAAGGGAGGUGCUGAGAACCAACGUGACGGCGAGCAUGAGCGGAUACGUGUCGAACAAGGGGGCCUCAACACCGCGGGCUACAACGCGUCCAAGGCAGCCGUGCACCAGCUGGCGCGCUCGCUGGCGGCCGAGUGGGGGUCCCGCGCCGGCAUGCCGCUCGUGCGCGUCAACUCGCUGUCCCCGGCGUACAUCCGCACGGCGGCGACGGCCGAGGGCUGGAGAAGCCCGGCAUGGAGCUACGAGGCGGCGAAAGCGCUCUGA